AUGCCGCGUCAGCUUGGAUCAUCUCAAUCCCAACCGCCACCCACCUUCCCCGGCAGCUUCGCUGGCAAGGGAAAGUCCGCUCGCGCUGUACCAACAAGACAAAUACACCACCGCAGCCAGAAAACCGUCACGGGGCCCAUUAAAGGUCUUUGUCUUCCUCGCUUGCAAAGCCUCAACAAUAUUACAUCCGUUCUGAUCGUGCGACACGAGUCCCCCACAUGCAUCGCCGCCAUCCCGUCCAUCACAAUGCAGCCCAUGCAAAAGUACGACAAAGAGGAUGGGGCUAUUGGUGUCGACGAUUUGAAGCGCUGGCCCAUGGAGUCCGCUCUCGUUAGCUUUCUGGGCGCGUCUGGAGCGACCGCAUCGAUGGAAGCGCCAAUUGAUCACGGCUAG